CUCAUUACAUCCAAUUCUGUGGCUAUGCUUCAUGUUAACAUAAUCAUAUACAGGAACUUAACGCAACCCUCAAGCUAUACUUAAGACCAAUUGGUUACAAAUUCCAUAGACUAGUGAAUUAUGAAUGACACAGUUGAUAAGCUAGUAGUUUUCUUAGCAAAAAGAGAUGGUAUUGACAAGCUUGUAAAAACAUUUCAAUAUGUUUCCAAGCUUGUUAACUAUCAAGUUGAAGUAUCAAACCCAGAUAUCGCCUCGAGGGCCAAGAAAUGGGAAGUUGCGGCUGGCUUGAGCAGGAAAGCCUUUCGUACAGGCCGAUUUCUCACGGGUUUCAAUGCAAUCAGGCGAGCCCCGGGCUCGAGCAAGACUUUCCAGGUUCUAGCUGUGCUGGCCAAUGCUGGAGAAAUGGUCUACUUCUUCUUCGACCAUUUUCUUUGGUUGUCAAGAAUUGAAGUGUUGGACCCCAAAUUAGCGCGACGAAUGAGCUUCAUUUCGGCAUUUGGUGAGUCUUUUGGCUAUAUAUUUUUCAUCAUAGCUGACCUUAUUCUCAUAAGAGAAGGUGUUAGAAAACAAAAGAAUAUUUUGAUGGAGAAACCAUCAGACACCGAGGAGGAAGUGAAAAAAUUGAGAAUUGAUAGAACGAUGAGACUGAUGGGGGUGGCGGCCAACGUGGCGGAUCUGAUCAUUGCCGUGGCAGAUAUCGAACCGAAUCCGUUCUGCAACCAUGCAGUUACGCUUGGGAUUAGUGGUUUAGUCUCUGCAUGGGCUGGUUGGUAUAGAAACUGGCCUUCCUGAUAGUGCCAAGGAAAAGUCUGAUGUUGAAUCUUAUUCAUUAGUAAGACUCGAUAUUACUUUCUUACAUGUAACUUCUUUGCAACACAGUUACCAAACUCAUAAAAAUAUAUAUUGUGAGCUCAUGGAAAUGUUCAUAACCUGUAGCUAGUGUUUUUUUU